AAACGAAUUCAUGGCUGCGCAGUAAUCCCUCCCUCUCCAGUAGCCAUCAGCAUCUGAAGGGAAGUGUGCUGGCAACUGUUCCCCGCUAUUCCUUCUUCAUCGCCUCCACCAGCACGUACACUCCUUCCCAGCCCUCCUGCAGCACAAGAUGGCACUGACAGAGGAUGAGGACCUUGGUGCCCUGAGUGACUCCAGCAGCAGCAGUAGUAGCAGUAGCACUAGCAGUAGUAGCAGUAGCAGCAGUAAUAGCAGUAACAGUAGCAGCAGCAGUAGUAAUAGUGAUGAAAAGGAAGAGAACAAGGAAUCUGGUAGCAGCAACAACAAUAGCGGUGAAAUGAAUAAGAAGGAACCAGGCAGUAGCAGCAGCAUUAGUGAUGAAGAGAACAAGGAAUCAGGGAGCAGCACCAUCAGUAAUAAUGGCGAGAAUAACAAGGAAUCUGGCAACAGCACCAGCGGCAAUAAUGGUGAACUGAACAAGGAAUCUGGCAGUAAUAGCAACAAUGAAGAAAUGGACAAAGAAUCUGGCAGCAGUAGUAACAGCAACACUGAGGAAGUGACUGAGGACGAGCCUGGGAUGUAUUACGUUAACAAGAUAAUUGACAUCCGAUGGGAGAGAGACCGGAAUGGACGGGAGGAGGCACGGUACAGGGUGCGGUGGCAGGGGUACAAGGCAAGCCAUGACUCGUGGGAACCCAGGGAGAGCUUCGAGCCCUGCCCACACAUUCUGCAGGCUUUUCUGGACGUUUAUGAGUCAAUGAGAGCCGAGCACGUGGCUCACUUGCAGUCCCUGGGAGUGAGUGCCUCAGAGACAGACACUCGCCACGUCAACAUUCUCAGCCCACACAUUCAACGCAUCUCACAGAAGAGCUCGGCAGGGAAGAAGCCACUGUACCGAGUGGUCUGGGAUGGGGACAACGCCACAUGGGAGAGUGAGGAGGCGCUAAAACACGCGGCCGACAAGAUUGAGGAGUACAGGAUGCACCAGCGACUAAGCAGGCUCAGAGUACAGGCCAAGAGGAGGGAGAAGAAGGAGGAGGAGAGGAGGAAGGCAGAAGCAGCAGCAGCAGCAGCAGCAGCAGCAGCAGCAGCAGCAGCAGAAGCAGAGGAUGACCCAGACUGUGAGAGUUCACAGCAGAGGAAGUGUUUUGAGAGGCUGGAGAAUGGCCAGCUGACAGUAAGGCAGGACAUGUACUCCAGGAUUAAGACACGGCAGAGAAGUCCGAGUGACUCCCAAGAGGAUGGUGAUGCUGAGGGCAGGCAGGGCAAGCAGCCAAACAAGUGUUCAAGGAAGGAGCAGAGUGGAGGAGCUUCAAACUACGAUGAGGAAGAUAAGGAGAAUGCAGCAGGAAGUGCAAAAGGGAAUAAGCUUCGCCGCUCUCCUCAACCAGGGACAAGCAAGGAAUACCUAGAGGCCAAGGAGAUGCAACGGCGACGGCAGCUGCAGCAACGACAGCACCGACAGCAACAGCGACAGCAGCAGGGUGGUGGUGCUGGUGGUGGUGGCGGCGGUGGUGGGGGUGAUGAUGACGAUGAUGGUGAUGAUGAUGAUGAUGAUGACUUUGACCAUGACUAUAACCAUGAUGAUAAUGAGGAUGACAACAUUUUGAGGCUUACUGAUGGGUUGCCGGAGUACGACCCAAUUGAGGUGGAGGAGGAGUUCAAGAGGAUGGAGAUGGAGACCGCAAUCUUGACCAGGGAGGAAUUCCAGGAGGCAGUUUAUGCAAACAACUACGAGCUGGUGUUCAGUGCUCUGCGUAGUGACAAUGUGCCAGCUGUGGAUUUCACCUCCCUGUUCCUGGACAUGACAAGGCGCUGCAAGAGGGACAUGGCAGUACUGCUGGCCUCCAGGGUGCCAGACCUCACUGUGCUGGACCUCUGGGGGGAGAAUGCCCUCACACUCGCUGCCAGACAUGGUGACAUCAGCUUUGCCUACAGUUUGCUGCAGCACGGCUUCCCUUUGAAUCUGCGUAACAGUCAGGGCCAGACUGCGUAUGACGUGGCCUGUUUAUAUAAGAAUGUUGAGUUCCAGGCAUUUUGUAUGAACUUUGCUAAAAUACAGAAGAUUUCUUUUCAAUGAUGCAUCAACAGCUUUUGUUCUUGGUACCUUUGUUCUUAGUUACUCUGUAUGUGCAUAUAUUGGUCUUAAUUUUUUAGGUUGUGCUUUUAAAGAAAAUGUGUGAUGGUAAGUGACAAUAUGAUUUUAAUUUGUUUUAGUUUGUAACCAAGAAAUCAUCUUUUAAUUUUAACUGUUAACCUGCAAUAGCAAAGUAGUGCUAUAAAUUAAUCUUUGGUAUGACAAUGCUUGCUUAGGCAGUGAUGAGACUACUCCUUCAAAAAAACUGUCACAAAAAUUAUAAUGAUUGAGAUCAGACACCAGUUUGUGAGUCAACAACUGUCAUGUUAAAUUGCAUCCAGUAAAAGAAAUGAGUC